AUGGCGGAGAAGCAUGAGGCUGAGCUACUGGAGGAUUUCAGCAGGAUAAUCAAGCUUUACAGUGACGGAUCAGUUGUCCGAGGAGACGAUUCUUCCUUCUUCUCACACUCUCCAGAUAACGAUAAAUAUGAAAGUUUGGAUUUCAAAUAUAAGCAUGUGGAAUACAAAGACGUGGUGUUGGACGAGGAAGUUGGAUUGUGGGUGCGCCUCUACCUGCCGCCUGAAACGACGAGCAAGACGCCCGUCGUCAUGUACUACCACUGUGGUGGCUUUAUCCUCUUUACCCCUGCAACGCCCUUCAUACACCAUAAGUGCCAGAUGUGGGCGGCCACGCUGGGCGUCCUCAUCGUUUUGGUGAAUUACAGGAUGGCUUCUGAGCACCGCCUUCCUUGUGCCUACGAUGACUCCGUCGCAGCGCUCCACUGGCUCCAACUGCAGGCCCUGGCGGCCGAAGGAGCAGAGCCUUGGUUGCACUCCCACGCCGAAGGAGCAGAGAUAUAUAUUUGGAUUUAG